GACACCUAAACGAAACUAAAAUUAAUGUAUCAUUUUGUAGGCAGAUGAUCUGAUGUUUCCAGCGUGGGCAUACGGCGUAUAGCGUAUGCGGUUCGUUUGUUCCCUUUUUGGAUUAUGGAAAAGCAGAGCUUCUGGAGUAGCUCCUGAAGGCACCAUGGGAAAAGAGGGGGAAAAAAAGAAAAAAAAAGAGGAAGAGCUCCACGUCGUCUCCUGCAUCGUAACGGGUCCGGUCUGGUCCGGUCGAGUAAUGGUCUCGGCGUGUCCACUUAUUCCAAGAAGCGGGUAAAUGUGUUCAUAGUGGCUGGGAAAACUGACAUAACAAACAUUCCUGUUUUGGAUAAAACGGAGAGGACUAAACAAAAACAAAAAAAAGAUGGAGCUGGAAGACGGAGUUGUGUACCAGGACGACCCGGGGACAUCAGCGAUGAUGUCUGAGCGGGUAUCGGGCCUGGCUAACUCCAUCUACCGCGAGUUCGAGAGGCUCAUCGGGAAGUACGACGAGGACGUGGUGAAGGAGCUCAUGCCGCUGGUGGUGGCCGUCCUGGAAAACCUCGACUCGGUGUUCGCGGAGAACCAGGAGCACGAAGUGGAGCUGGAGCUGCUCAAGGAGGACAACGAGCAGCUCAUCACCCAGUACGAGCGCGAGAAAGCGCUGAGGAAACACGCAGAGGAGAAGUUCAUUGAGUUCGAGGACACGCACGAGCAGGAGAAAAAGGACCUGCAGAACCAUGUGGACAGAAUGGAGUCCCACUCACGGCAACUUGAACUCAAGAUCAAGAACCACACUGACCAGAUCGGAAGGUUAGAAGAGCGAGAGGUGGACCUCAAGAAGGAAUACAACUCCCUCCAUCAGAGGCACACAGAGAUGAUCCAUAAUUAUAUGGAGCAUGUUGAGCGGAUCAAAAUGCAGCAGAGUGGUGAGACGUCGGAGCCGAGCGGUAUCGGCCGAGUCCGGAAAGAGCGUCCUCUUUCUUUGGGUAUCUUUCCAACAUCCGGCGGUGGGUCUCUGCUAAUUCCGGAUUCCCAGACCCGUGCAGUGACACCAAGCGCAGAGGCCUGGAGGUUCACCGAUGCAAACUCACAAACUCGGUCCACCAACAGCCUCCAGGAUGAGAUGUCGGACUUCACUGGCUCUAAGUCGGCCACUCCGAUGUCCACUACUGCCUCGGAAGUUGGGAGGGAAGAGGGGAACAGUAAGAGCACAGAGGUGCAAGCUGCACCAGGGACCAGAUCUGUAUCAGUUGGUUUACCUGAUAAUGAAGACAGCUCAGACGUGCAGGACAUAAUUGAGUCCACACCUGAGCUGGACAUGGAUCUGACUGGCUACAAGGGAUGCAGUACUCCGACCAAAGGGAUUGAGAAUAUGGCGUUUGACCGCAACACAGACUCUCUGUUUGAAGAGCUGUCAUCUGCAGGCACAGGGCUCAUCGGGGAUGUGGAUGAAGGUGCCGACCUGCUGGGUAUGGGCCGGGAGGUGGAAAAUCUCAUCCAGGAGAACUCCCAACUGCUUGAGAGAAAGAAUGCCCUGAACGUGGUGAAUAAAGACUUGAUAUUGAAAGUGGAUGAGCUGACGUGUGAGAAGGAGAUGCUUCAGGGCGAGCUGGAGGCCGUGCAGCAGGCCAAGACAAAGAUGGAGGACAAAAACCGAGAGUUGGAGGAGGAACUCAAAAAAGUGCGACUCGAGAUGGAGGAGGUGCUACAGAAAACAAAAGAAGAGGAAGAUAGCGACGUACCUACAGCCCAGAGGAAACGCUUCACCAGGGUGGAAAUGGCCCGAGUGUUGAUGGAAAGGAACCAGUACAAAGAGAGACUGAUGGAGCUACAGGAAGCUGUGCGGUGGACAGAGAUGAUCCGGGCCUCUAGGGAAAAUCCUGCUCUUACAGAGAAGAAGAAAUCCAGCAUCUGGCAGUUGUGUGACUGUGAGUGUGAAUGGCUGUUUGUUUAUGUGAUUGGCUGGCGACCAGUUCAGAGUGUACCCGGCCUCUCGCCCAGAGUCAGCAGAGAUAGGCUCCAGCACGCCCACGACCCUAGUGAGGAUAAGCGGUACGGGAAAAUUAAUGGCUUCAGCAGACUUUUUAGCUCCUCCUCCAGUACCCCUGCCAUAAAGAAGAUGGAGCCCCAGUCCCACGUAAAAUACAACACUCCAGGCAGCAUGGUGAAGCGAAGCAGCACAUUCUCCCAGUUCCCCACAGAGAAGUCCAAAACAUUCGACUUUCUCAACGAAGAAAAAGACCAGUGCAGUUCACCGUCACGCAAAGAGCAGAAGCGAGCCCAGUACAGACAGGUGAAAGCUCACAUGCAGAAAGAAGAUGGUCGAGUCACUGCACAUGGCUGGAGUCUGCCAAGCAAGUUCAAGGGGCCAAAUGGUGGACAAACGGAGAACAAAAUCAACCUGCCUGUGCCCGUGUAUUUGAGACCUUUGGAACAGAAAGAUGCUUCUUUGAAGCUUUGGUGUGCUGCUGGCGUCAACCUCUUUGGGGGGAGGACGUCACACCCCUCUGAGCUUGCAAAGCAGAUGAAGGGAUCUCAGAGUAGCCUGGACCAUUUGGAACAAGAAAACAAGGAUCAAGAGAAAGUUGACGAGUUGAUCCUUCAGGAUGAAUUGUCUAGUCGGGUGUGGGUGUGCACCAGCACCCACUCCUCCACCAAGGUCUUAGUGGUGGAUGCUGCUCAACCGUCUGACCUUGUUGACAGCUUCUAUGCCUGCAACACCCACGUCGUUUGCAUUGCCAGUGUGCCAGGUGUGUCAGAGUCCGAUUAUCCAGCCGGUGAGGAAGUACCUCAAGACAUGGAUGCAAACCAGGGUGACGUGGUCUCACUGGCCGGCAGCGUGGCCAGUGUGGGCUCAACAGGCAGCGACGGUACCCUGGCAGCUGAGGGGACCACCGCCAUCCCCCAGACAGCCAGCAUAGGUGGCCUCGACCAGCCAGCGGAACACAGCGCCGUCCCUGGCUCUGUGUCCACAGCUGAGCUGUCCAGGCAGACAAGCCAAGCGGAAGUUCCCACUGCUGAAGAGGCGACAGAGGCGACAGAGGCAAAUGCUGGCGGGAGCGAAGAAGGAGAGGAGGACCAUGGACCUGAGCAAAAUCAGCCUGGAAUCUACACAGAGCAUGUUUUCACUGACCCACUGGGGGUUAGGCCUGAUGAGACCUCACCUACCUACGUACAAAGCGGCUCUGUGACGUCCUUGCCAGAAGACUCUGACCCCUCAGCUCUGGAAGUCAAGAGGAUCAGCAGUGACCUCCCCACCAUGUGGCUGGGAGCUCAGAAUGGAUGUCUGUAUGUCCACUCGUCCGUGGCGCGAUGGAGGAAGUGUCUUCAUGCCAUCAAACUUAAAGACUCCAUCCUCAGCAUUGUGCAUGUUAAAGGCAGAGUCCUGGUAGCACUGGCGGAUGGAACAUUAGCAAUUUUUCACAGAGGCAUUGAUGGGCAGUGGGACCUUACCAACUACCACCUCUUGGAUCUGGGACGACCCCACCACUCAAUCCGCUGCAUGACCAUAGUCCACGACAAGGUGUGGUGUGGCUACAGGAACAAGAUCUAUGUCAUCCAGCCCAAAGCCAUGAGGAUAGAGAAGUCGUUCGACGCGCACCCACGCAAGGAGAGUCAGGUUCGACAGCUGGCCUGGGUUGGAGAUGGCAUCUGGGUGUCCAUCCGACUGGAUUCCACACUUCGAUUGUUUCAUGCGCACACCUUCCAGCACCUCCAGGACGUGGACAUCGAGCCCUAUGUCAGCAAGAUGCUCGGCACUGGUAAACUGGGUUUCUCUUUUGUGAGAAUCACAGCUUUGGUGGUGUCCUGCAGCCGACUCUGGGUGGGGACUGGAAAUGGCGUCAUAAUUUCCAUCCCGCUGUCUGAAGCCAACAAUACUUCAGCAACGGUGCCAAAUUGGCCUGGCGGUGCUGUACGGGUUUAUAGUGACGACGGUGCAGAGGGCGCCCUGCCAGCUAGCUUCGUGCCGUACUGCUCCAUGGCCCACGCCCAGCUCUGUUUCCAUGGACAUCGAGAUGCUGUCAAAUUCUUUGUUACUGUGCCAGGUCAGGCUAUGCCACCUCCUGGAAGUGCCGAUUCGGGCUCUGAUGAUCCUCCGUCUGAAUCCUCAGACACAGCCGCGUCGGAGCCCAAAACGUACCUGGUGAUGAGUGGAGGAGAGGGCUACAUUGACUUCAGAAUGGGUGAUGAAAGCGGAGAGCUGGACGGCACGUCCGAGCCGACGUCGGGCCAACAGUCGGCGCCGACCAAGGCUGAGCGAAGUCACCUCAUCGUCUGGCAGGUGGCGACCUCUCUUGAUUGAGAAAACGCCACUGUCCCAACAUCCAUUGCCCUUCUACCACACCACAGCCCGCAUGCGCAACUUCAAGUUUUUUAAUUGGAUAGCAUUCUUGAGUCAUUCACUACUUUGUAAAAAAACAAACAAAACAAAAACAAACAACAACAAUUAUUUUUUAUCAGUAUUUUUUUCUACAGUUUAUUCCUAAAAUCAGUAUGGACGUUCACUAAGUUAAGCAAUACGUCCAAGAACUCCCUUCGUUGGGGCUGCAGGUUGGAAACGCUGUUGCACACAGCUAUGACAGGGGUGGACGUUUUGAUGAGGUCAACUGUGGACGUCACGCUGGAGGACGCGCAAGGCGUUCCUGCAGACAUGGAAAGAAAGGGAGAAGGAACUUCUUGUUUGAUCUGACCUAUUAUUUCAUAUUGUACAUGUUAAGACUUUUGACAUUUGUAUACAACAAAACUCUGUGUGAGAGCUCAGGUGUGUGUGUGUGUGUGUGUUAGUGUGUGUGUCUUUACAACUCAGUCAACUGACAGUAGUGCGUUUAGCUCAGGGGUUCUCAAACUGUGCUUGGUGAGCCGUAGCUUGGGGUCCAUGAAAAAAAUUGCAAUAAAUUAUUAUAUCAGUUUGUAAAAAGUACAAACCUGCAUAAUGACGACCUGCAUGCCAAUAAAACAAACAUCAUAAACCCAUUACUCCUCGCUACAUUAGCUCUGAGGCGGUUUAAAGUUCUCAUAUGAUUGUGUCAUCAGUCACUUGGCACGCAGCCUUUAGCUACCAACAAUGAAUAAAGAUUUAAAUACUCUACUUUAAGUCCUGUUAAAUCCAAACUGACUAAUCUCGAAAAUAAGAAUAAUUAGAUUGAAAUGUAAACAUUUUGUGGCUGCACGGUGAGCGACUGGUUAGAGCUUCUGCCUCACAGUUCUGAGGACCGGGGUUCAAUCCCCGGCCCCGCCUGUGUGGAGUUUGCAUGUUCUCCCCGUGGCUGCGUGGGUUUUCUCCGGGCACUCCGGUUUCCUCCCACAUCCCUAAAACAUGCGUGGUAGGUUGAUUGAAGACUCUAAAUUGUCCGUAGGUGUGAAUGUGAGUGCGAAUGGUUGUUUGUUUAUAUGUGCCCUGCGAUUGGCUGGCAAACAGUUCAGGGUGUACCCCGCCUCCUGCCCGAUGAUAGCUGGGAUAGGCUCCAGCACGCCCGCGACCCUUGUGGGGAUAAGCGGCUCAGAUAAUGGAUGGAUGGAUGUUUAAAUUUUAAAUAAUUCCCAUUGCAUCUAAGGGUACACCAGGUAGUUACAGUAUGUUUCAUUGACAUAAGGAUUCUUGGGGGGUCUUCAGAGAGAAAAAAACAAACAAACAGUUUGGGAACCCCUGAACUCCACCUUUUAACUAAUGCUGCAAUUGGUACCCUGUGGAAGCGUACCAAAUUUGGUAUAUAACAGAUUUUGGCACCACUUUUGACAGUAGGUUAGGACCAAAUUGUACUGCUUUGUGAAAAUUGUCCUACAAUAAAUCACACCAUCUCGGCUGGGUGACACCAUGAAAUAUAUCUUCUAAAUUGGAAUAUACUCACAAAACUUCUCCUGAGAUAUAAAGGUCAUUAAUACGCAGUUAAGUUAGAUUAUAAGUUAGAAGCAUAGCAGUGGUGCACAAAAUGUCAACUCUCUGAUGUUAAAUGUUCUUUUUUUUUUUUUUUUUUUUUUUUUGAUUGCUCCAUUUUAGUUUUAUUUUUUAUUUUAUUUGCUCAUGGAUUUACAUGUGGGCUGUUUGGGUAGUGGGCUUAUUAGUUAACCAGCGUACAUUUUCUUUUGGGCAAGAGGAAAAGUGCCACAAUCUUGGUGCUUGCUGUUCCUGUUUCACAGGCACUUUAUUCUGAUAGAUGAUAGAUUAUUUGCUUGGCCAAACAAACAGUACACGCCACUGCUCUGCGUGCAAAAUAAAGUGUAGCAAGGUGUCAUCCCAAUAACCAAAUGAUGACUGAAGGAAGAGCGUGAAAAGGAAUUUAAUAAUCUAAUGAAACAGUCUUGAAUAACUAAAAGGUGUGCUUGUUUGUGUCAAAUCAACUUGAAUCGGACAUUUUCGCCAAAUGUAAUAUUUGAAUGUGGCACCUUAUAGUGGAAAUGCACACAUCACGAAAGAGACUAAUGUGCCGCAGCGUUCCCUCUGUAGGGGAAUUAUUGUUGUAUGUCUGCUUUGGGCAUUGUUUCAUAUCCAUCUCUCAAAUUUUGAAGUAUGUGAUGAUGACUGUAAAAUGCUUGCAAAAAUUGUUUUGAUGUCUGAAAAGGUCAGGCCAAGUCAGCUCUUCGUCCUUCGAAAUGAUGGCAUUAUUUUAUGUUUUUACCAUUCCAGUAUUUAUUUGCUUUGUAACAGAGCCUACCUUGCUUCCGAAUGUAACUUUUUAUCAAAACAGACUAUUGUGGAUAAUGCAGUGCUAUGAGUUUACAUGAUUGUUAAUUUUAAAGCAGUAACAGAUUAGUUUUUUUUUUUUUUAAAGCAAGUCACACGAUCACAUUUUGCAAACAGUAACAAAUGCUUUUGACAUCAAUGUACUAAGCUAUGCAUGUUUUUUUAAAACAUCACUACAAUGUUAUUGGCUCUUUAGUGCCACCAUUUUGGGUAGGAUAGGUGUGUGUGCGCGUGUGUGUGCGAGGAAGUGUGCAUGUAAGUUUGGAUGCAAAACACAUUUGUCCGUCCAUACGUGUGUGUGCGCGUGUGUGCGUGCACGCCCAUGGGUUUGUGUGAGGAAGUGUGCAUGUAAGUUUGGAUGCAAAACACAUUUGUCCGUCCAUACGUGUGUGUGUGCGGCUAUGUCGUAUUUGUGUGUAUUUUCAUCUGGAAAACAAAAAUCUCUGGAUGCCAUAAUAGUUCACCUCCUGGUUAGUGUUUGCUAAAUGAACAUCAUAGCCUUAUUUUUAACAAUCUAUUAAACUCAAUUUCACCAAGGUCCUGCUGUUUCCCCCAUCUCUUUGUGAAUCCCUUUUCAUUAAAUUUUUUUCAAUAGA